UCUGUUGGCCACCAAUGAAGUUCCUCCUCCAUAUGGGCUGCUCCUUAGCUCUUUUCUGUCAGAAGGUGGAGCUUGGGAGCUUUAUAUAUUGACGAUGCAUGGAAUACAUCACCUUGCAUUAAGAAGAACCUGCACUUACUGAGGCUUUUCAGCAGACCACAUUCGACCACACAGGAUAACAGUUUAGUAAGACCAUGGCUGGAAAACCAAAGCUUCACUACUUCAAAGCAAGAGGGAGAAUGGAAACUAUAAGGUGGAUGUUGGCUGCAGCUGGGGUUGAGUUUGAAGAACAAUACAUUGAAUCAAAAGAAGAUCUACAAAAGUUAAAAAAUGAUAAAUGCCUGCUUUUCGAUCAAGUGCCCAUGGUGGAAAUUGAUGGGAUGAAGCUGGUGCAAACGCGAGCCAUUCUCAAUUACAUCACAGGAAAAUACAACCUCUAUGGGAAGGACCUAAAGGAGAGAACACUAAUUGACAUGUACUGUGAAGGUACUGUAGAUCUCAACGAGGGAAUUAUGAUGCUUUACUUCAAGCCAGCCGACACCAAGGAGAAGGAGUUACAGACAAUCCUGGAAAAAGCCUCUACCAGAUAUUUCCCAGUCUAUGAAAAGGUGCUCAAAGAUCACGGAAAAGACUUCCUUGUUGGAAAACAGCUUAGCAGAGCAGAUGUUCAACUACUUGAAAGCAUUUUGAUGGUGGAAGAGUUGAAGGCAGACAUCCUCUCAACAUUUCCUCUAUUAAAGGCUUUUAAAGGGAGGAUAAGUAACAUCCCCACAAUUAAGAAAUUUUUGCAGCCUGGCAGUGCACGAAACCCUCCAAUGAAUGAGAAAAUGGCAGCUGAAGUAAUAAAAACUUUCCACUAAAUUUUGGCUGGGAAUCUGGGGUCAUUCACUGGUGUAGAUAGAAAUGCCGACUUUAGAUGGGGCAGUAACCUUACAUCAAGUGAUUGUAAGGGACUACAACUUUGCAGGCCUGUAUUUCAAGAUCAAUCAACAUAAUUAUAGUGGAAAGAUCAAGAUGUGUAAAGAUAAAACUUUGCCAUUAAACUAACCUGCAAUAAAACAUUCCAAACCAA